AUGGAUGCAUAUUCAGGGGCUCGUGGAGGAGCGAUCACGCCCCCAGCCGACAGGGGAGAUGGCUAUGGAGAUGCUUGUUGCCCGACCAGCACAGAUUGUCCCGCAACCCCGGAGCAGCGAGUAAACAACAGCCUCAACUCCUCCUUUCCACCAUCACCACCCCCGAGUACCAAAGCCCGUCGCGAUCGCUCCUCUCAACAAAAAGAAAAAGAGGCAAACAGAUCCAAGCAGUUUACCACUCGCCUCCAACGCAGCGCUUCUUCGGUGACAACCUCGGAGGAGGGCGAGUUAGUGCUACGGAAGAAGGGCCGCUCGUUCAGCAAGCAGACACUCAGUCUCCCGGCAGAUCACGGAUUGAAGCUCAUUGAACCGCCGCAUGAGAAUCCGCUUGUGAAGAUGGCAUUCGCGGAGCAGCAGCAAUGGAUUACGGUCCAGCAGAAGACCUUUACGAAAUGGCUCAACACCAAAAUCGAACCGAGAGACCUGGCAGUAGUGGAUCUCGUGAAGGAUCUCAGUGAUGGCGUCAUCCUCAUCCACCUCCUCGAAUGCCUCUCGAACGAAUCCCUGGGCCGGUAUGCAGCAAAGCCCAAACUCCGCGUGCAACGAUUUGAAAAUGCCAAUCUAUCCCUGGACUUCAUAAAAUCCCGAGGCAUACAGAUGACGAAUAUCGGGGCAGAAGAUGUGGUUGACGGCAACCGCAAGAUCAUUCUAGGUCUCAUCUGGACCUUGAUUCUGCGUUUCACGAUUUCGGAUAUUAACGAGGAGGGUAUGACUGCGAAAGAGGGUCUGCUUCUCUGGUGUCAAAGGAAGACGGCCUGCUACGACGAGGUCGACGUGCGGAACUUCACGGACAGUUGGAAUGAUGGUUUGGCUUUCUGUGCUCUGCUGGAUAUCCACCGGCCGGAUCUGAUCGACUACGACGCUUUAGACAAGAACGACCACCGGGGAAACAUGCAAAUGGCUUUUGAUAUUGCAAAGGCCGAAAUCGGUAUCCCGGACCUGUUGGAUGUGGAGGAUGUAUGCGACGUCGCCAAGCCCGAUGAGCGUAGUUUGAUGACAUACAUUGCCUACUGGUUUCAUGCUUUCUCGCAGAUGGAGAAAGUCGAGAAUGCCGGGCGGAGAGUAGAAAAAUUCGUGAACAACAUGCAGGGUGCAUGGGAGAUGCAGAGUGCUUUUGAACGGAGGAUGAGGGAGUUGCUGAAGCAGAUCCACGAGCAAGGGCUGAGAUGGCAGGAGUCCAAAUUCGAGGGCACGUAUACGGACGCCAAAACGCAAUCUACGGAGUUCAGUGCAUACAAGCGGGGAAAGAAGAGGGAGUGGGUGGCGGAGAAGAGUGACUUGGCUGCUCUCCUCGGGAAUAUCAAAACAAAGAUGAGCACCUACCGGCUGCGGCCGUACGAGCCACCAGCGGAACUGCGACUGAGUGUUUUGGAUGACGAAUGGGCGAAGUUGAUGAGAUCAGAAAUGUCCAGGGGUCAAUUGAUAAACGAGACCAUCAGAGAUAUCAAAAAUGCGCUUCGGAAAUCUUUUGCGGACAAGGCCAACGAUUUUGCCCUCGCUUUGAACACUAUGCAAAUGGCCAUAUCUGGGCUCGAGGGCGAUGUAGAAGACCAGCUGAAGCAUGUCCAGCGACUCAACGAGAGUCUGUCGCCUAUGAACCAAUACCUCAAAAAAAUCGAAGAGGUGGAUCGAAAGUGUGAGGAAGCGAACAUUGAAGAAAACGACUUUACGACCUACACCUACGACGAAUUAUGUUACGAACUCAGCCUGGUCAAAAGCUCUGUCUCGAAGAAGCUUGCUUUCCUGGACAACCAGGUCGUGGCACGAAACAUGACUAACCUUACGCCUAUCCAAUUGGAAGAAUUCGAAAGCGUGUUCCGACAUUUCGACCGAGAUGUCACAAACAGUCUUCAAGAACUCGAAUUCAGCGCCGCUCUGGCGUCCCUCGGCCUCGUGUUCAGCGAGGAUGAAAUGCACGAUUAUUUCCUCGAGACCUCCAAUGGAUGUGACUACGUUACCUUUGAGCAGUUCAUCCGCUUCAUGGUUGACGUGACCGAGGACCAGAACACAGCCGAGCAAGUCUUCCAGAGCUUCCGCGAGGUUGCGGACGGGAAACCCUACGUCACGGAAAUGGAUCUGAGACACAGUCUCGUGCCCGACGAGGUCAUUGAGAAGUUGACGCAAAUCGUUCCUUUGCACAAAGGUCCCGAUUUGCAAGAGGACCGAGGCAUGCCGCAGUAUGACUACAUCAGUUUCAUGGACGGUCUGCUCAGCAGCCCGGAAGAAAUUGACGCAGCGGAAGAAGCAGAGCACGCUGCGCUCUCGGAUGUUUCUAAUGGAAGAAGUCCACAGGGGACUGCUUCUGCGGGGCCCAAGGCGAAUGGGUAUCAUUAG